AGGGUGUUUCCCUAGUGCUCAGUGCCGUCCACCUGAUAGUGAUGAUCCCUGAGCGGCGCUGCUCGCCUGCUCCCUGUCCAACCCCCCCGCGGACCCCAUUCCAGGCAACAACCGACAGGUCCAGGCAACGUCGCAUCUCGAACCGGGUUCCCGAUUGGGGAGGGAAUCUUCAGGAACCGGGCCUCGGCGGGCGCUGGGAUUGGCGAUGACGGCGACUGGCAAGAGAUGUGCUGCGAUGCAUCCCCAUACCAGCAAGCGUCAAUCAUGCGCGUCCUCCCCGGCUCACCGGUGCCAGAACACGCGACGUAUCCCAGCCUACUGCAGAACGAACACUACGGUGUGUGCAAGCAAGGCCGGCAGAGGCACGAUGAUCAGGACCUCGUAUGUACCUACCCAGGUUAUGCACGCAUGCAUACGGCGUAACAUGCCGCACAACACAUCCUUCCGUGGGCCCGGAGCGAUGCUCAGCUCAACCGGCCUCCCGGACGACCGCGGACGACUCUGCAUGGCCGCCUGGCAGCACCACCUUCUUCGUCGCCCGGAACAUGCCCAAUCAGGAGGGAAGAGGGAAACCAAAAACCACCACCUCCUCUGGCGCACCUCCUUCUGUUUCCUUACUUCCCUAUCCAGCAAAGCGGUGUGUACAGGUACUACUAGACGGCGCUGAGCCCGGUCUCCCGCCUCGCCCCCAAAAUUAGAAUCCAUCCAAUAGGUAGUUUGGCACCGCAUCCCGCAUCUGCAUCAUUUCAAGGAAAACCCGUACGACGUGGUUUUGCGGGGAUACGCCUGCAAACACACAUACAUACACAUACAACACAUACACAUACACACAUACACACACACACUCUCUCUCUCUCUCGCAUACGCCCGCAC